AUGACGAAGAAGCGCUCGCACUCCGAGUCUCACCAUGGCACGUCCAGACCUGCCCAGGGCAUGGGACGGGGCAGUAUGGCUAUCAGGGACAAGUCGAAGCCCCGUCCGAAGCGGGAGGCAGAGUCACAGCGGCCGACACUGAUAUUUGCACCUCAGCCAGAAUGGCACGCCGCUCCCCUCCCAGACAUUCCCCCGGUAGAAUCACCCUCAGCACCGCCCCGCCACGUCCUGGAUGAGCUCCACAAGUACGCCGACACCCUCCUGGAGGCAGAAAUCACAGCUUACGAAGGAUCGCGCGCGUCCUCCACGUCCUCGCAUAAGUUCAUGUCCACAAUCAUGUCCUCUGGUACCCUGGAAGACAAAGUCUCGGCCCUUACCUUGCUGGUACAGGAAUCCCCAUUGCAUACCACCAAAGCGUUCGAACAACUCUUGGCACUGGGCAGGAAAAAGAGCAGGAACGCUGCGCUGAUGGCUUUGGGGGCUUUGAAAGAUCUGCUCGGCCAGGGUGUCGUCCUGCCGCCCGAUCGGAAGCUGCGCGCAUUCGCCAAACAACCAGGACUCGCUCACGCACUACACGGCAAGCCAGCUAGCUGGAAGGCUGGUGAUCGUUUACCGGGCGCUAUUCAGAAGAUCCAUCUGAUAGUGUGGGCGUACGAAGACUGGUUAAAACGAACUUAUUUUGAAAUGCUUAAGGUCGUAGAAGGGUGGUGUAACGAUGAAGUCACGUUUGCUCGUAGCCGAGCUGUCACUUUCGUCUGGGAGCUGCUGAGGGAGAAGCCAGAGCAGGAAGAGAAUCUGCUGCGGCUCCUGAUAAACAAGCUGGGAGACACUGACAAGAAGAUUGCUUCCAGGGCAUCAUACCUGCUGCUUCAAUUACAGGUAUCACAUCCGCUUAUGAAGAGCGUCAUCAUUAAUGCAAUAGAAUCCGACUUACUUUUUCGACCCGGGCAGAGCACGCAUGCCAAAUAUUACGCUGUCAUCACACUCAAUCAGACAAUGCUAAGUGUGAAGGAACAGGACGUAGCAACCAAACUCCUAGAAUUAUACUUUGGCCUUUUUGUUGGCCUCUUGAAAAAGCCCAAAGGAACAGACGAACAGACACACACGAAAAUCAACAAGAAUGGAUUCAUCCAAGGCGGUGGAGGCGCGCCAGGAAAGAUGGCUCGCAAAAAGGCCAAAGAAAAGGAAGGAGAGGCUUAUAAAUCAGAAGAGGAAAUGAAGGAGAAGAUGGUUGCUCAGGUGCUGACGGGCGUUAAUCGGGCCUUUCCUUUCGCCAAAACUGAUGACGCCAUAUUCGAAAAUCAGAUGGAGGAACUUUUCCGAGUCACACAUUCAUCCAAUUUCAACACCAGCAUCCAAGCCUUGAUGCUCAUCCAGCAGAUAUCGGCCACGAAGCAUUUCUCAAGCGAUCGCUUCUACCGUACUCUGUAUGAGUCACUACUAGACCCUCGUCUCUUGGGUUCAUCUAAACAGAUUAUGUAUCUCAAUCUCUUGUAUCGCUCUCUAAAGGCGGACCUGAGUGUGAAACGAGUGAAAGCCUUUGUCAAGCGUCUUCUACAAGUAAUCACCCUUCACGAGCCUCCGUUUGUUUGCAGUGUCAUCUAUCUCAUAUACGAGCUAUCGAAGACCUUUCCAAGCAUCAAGACGAUGCUAUCGAGUCCGGAACAUCAUCCUGAUGAGUCCGAAGAUGAGCAUUACGAAGACGUUCCCGAGGACUCCGCUCUGCCACCAAAACCGACUUCGACGAAGCAAAAUCUCUACGACGGCCGGAAACGAGAUCCAGAGCAUGCAGCGGCUGAUGCAUCGUGUCUUUGGGAGCUUCUACCCCUGCAAGCACAUUAUCACCCAUCCGUUCAGCUAUUUGCCAAUCGACUCCUUUACUCAGAUCCUAUGAAGGAAAAGCCAGAUCCGUCAUUACACACCCUGAUGAAUUUCCUCGACAAAUUCGUAUACCGCAAUCCUAAAACGAAGUCCGGCGGCACACAUGGAUCAUCUAUAAUGCAGCCGCUUGCUGGCAACGCCCAUGUCGCCGAUAUGUUGAUCACCUCCAGAGAUGGCGCCCGGGCCGCUCAGCCAGUAAACACGGAGGCUUUCUGGCAACGCAAGGUGCAAGACGUUGCAGUCGACGAGGUUUUCUUCCAUACGUACUUUGAAAAAGCCGGAAAAGGUAGACCAAGUAAAAAGGAGAAGGCUGCGAAGAAGAAGGAUGACGAUGACGACAGCGAAGAAGGGGAAGAGGAGAUUUGGAAAGCGCUUGUUCAGAGCCGUCCUGAAAUAGAAGGGGGCUCAGACGAAGAAGGGUUCAGCGACCUGGAUAUGGACGGCAUGUCUGACGAUGAAGACGAUGAUGGCGCCGGAGACAUGGGCGGUGUCGAACUGAACUUGGGAAGUGAGGAUGAAGAGGGGCUUGAUGAGGUUGGAAGUAAUGCGGAUGCUAGCGACGUUGGCUCUGAUGAUGACCUGGACCUUGAGAGUGCGGAUGAAGAGGCCUUCAUCGACAGCGACGAAGAUAUACCUGUGGCGCUCGACGAUCUUCCACAAGGCGUUGUGGAUAGCGACGAGGAGACCGGGGCCACAAUUGCUAAGAAACAGAAGAAGAGUGAAAGGGACGAGAAAAAGGCGAAGAGGCGGAAGCUAAAGCACCUGCCAACAUUUGCCUCCGCCGAGGAUUACGCAAAGUUACUGGAUGGGGACGACAGUCAGUAA